CCUCCCAAAGUGCUGGGAUUACAGGUUUGAGCCACUACACCCAGCCAAAAAGUUUUUCUCUCCUCAGAGAGCUCUGCUUGUUAGAAACUUCUACCUGAGAAUAAGGAAACCUGUCUCUCUGUAUCAUGCAAAUGGAAUAAAAUAGAAACACAACUCUUGUUUUCCAGUACAGAACCUCUAGCUGCUUGGGUGGACUGUCUAUCCUUCCCUGAAGUGCUGCACCCCUCUGUGUUGUUCAUCAGGCCAUGUGUCCUUAUAAUGGGCCUUUCUAUUGGUAGAUAAAAACUUCCUUCCUGUUCACUCAGCUGCUACCCAAGUAUCCUGUGAUACCAAUCUUAAUAGUAGAAGAACUUUCAAGUCUCCACUGCCUCCUUCCUAUCUGCCUUACAGCCUGUGGUAGUUGCUGAAGAACUUUAAUUACAGUGUCAGUGUUCAGGGACAGUCCCAACUCUCUUCAUGUGAGGAUUGCAGAAAUGGGCUUGGAUCAUAUACAGACAGCGUCGUGAGGCAUUACUGAAGUACAGUAAGUUCUGUCACAGAAGAUGUCAACUAAUAUAGGCAUUUUCUUUGCCAUACCCCAAGAGCAGGAGCUGAUUCCUGUACAGGUAGGAUAUAGCUGGCCAGUGAUCUCUUUAAAUGUAAUUUCUGUCUGCCACAUUUUAAAUUACAGGUUUUUGCAUCAGGAAAAUGUUGGGUCAGAUUAUUUGGUGCCUUGGAAAGGGCAUUAGAUGCAUAGUGAGAAGACCCUGGUUUAAUCUGACAUUCCACCCGCUAGCUGUAGAAGCUUGAGCAAGUUAAUUAAUCUCUGAGUCUGUAUACCCAUCUGCAAAAUGAGGAUAAUGCUUAUAGAGUGUUGUGAAAGCAAUGAAGAUUGUGUGAAAGGGUUUCAUAAACUGACAAGCACUGCACAAAUGUAAGGUUUCCUAAGGAAAACCUCUUCAAAAUUCAAAAUCUAUAUGAACAAAGAUACUUACUCAUGUUAGGUGGAAUGUUUUACAGCCAUUAAAAAUCACAAAAGAAAAUGUAUUGAAACAAUACAAUUUAACUUGGUGAAUUUGCAAUUACAACAGUGUAAAAGCUGUGUACAUAGACUAGAAUAUGGAAAAAAAUGAAUUACAGGGCAGUGGAAUUGAGUGACUUUUUCUUUAAAGCCUCUUAGGUAUAUUAGGUGUACUCAGUUUAGUUCAAUAAACUUUUAUUGAGCUCUCACUCUCCCAAGCCCCGUGCUAGAUUCUAUGGGUGCUGAGACAAAUAGGACAUACUCCCUCAUCUCAGGGGCUCCCAUUCUGUACAGUCUUGUCAAAGUUUACUGUGUAAAUGAAUCACUGGGGAGCAUAUUAAAAAUUCACAUUAUCCUACUCUCACCAGAAACUACUACACCUCUCAACUUUUAUCUCUUUUCCUCACUCCAUUUCUCCCCAGCACUUCUGCUAUGUUUGCUUCUUUCUAUGCAAGUGUUAAUCUCCCACUCUGAUUCUUUCUAUGCCUAGUACUGUAUCAACAUCCAGGUGCUUCCCCUUCCUUUCUCCACCCCAUCCCCCAGCCAGAUAUGUCAAUUGUAUUGAAAACAACAACUUACAUCUAGUUUACUAAGUACAAACUUGUGCUGGUUAAUGUUUCUCAAAAAGUAGUGGGCUGUUUGUUGAUCAACAAUCUUUUUUUUUAAUCCGAUACGGAAAUUUUGGUGUCAAGUUUCACUAUCACUUAGUUCCUGAUUGAUUUUCUUCUGAUGGGUUAGUAGCCCUCAACAGAAAAGUUUAAAAGUCCUCUGCUCAGGUACCUGUCUUGCUGAUAGAGCUGGGGUUACCCUGCACCCUGACUCAACAUUGCUUGUCUCCACAUGCCUGUAAAUGGACUUGGGUGGCUUUCUCAGGCUAUACACCUGUCACUUCUUAGUCACCCAGAAUCAAAACAUUAACAGCUCUGAUCACAUUGUCUGAACCUAUGAGGCUUUAUUUCAAGAGUGGUGACACUCCAAAAUGCAGCUAGAAUUUCCGCAUUUUCACGUGUUAGUGUUGAAAUUAUUUUUCAGGAAACCAAGGGUUGGACAAUGGCUUCCAGACUUUCUCCUUUCGUUAUGCUCCUUCAGCACUUUAUGCAAAUACUGGUUGUCUUAUGCUGCCAUUCAUCUCUGCCAGAAUGUGAGCUCCACGACAGCAGGGAUAAGAAUGCAUUCAUUUUUGUAUCUGCAGUGCCUUGGAGAGUGUCUGACACAUACUGGGCACUCAUUGAAAAACUGCCAAAUGAAUCAUAAAGGUGACCAAAAACAGGGCGGGGGGGUAUUUAUGUGUCUGAAAUAGCUUAUGAAUUUUUAAACUAUCCCUUUCAGUACAAAUCUGCCUGGAGCUGUUUCCUGAACACAGGACCAAAAGGCAGGAAUCAAAAGUAAUAAUGAGUUUAGUUAUCUGUCUGUUACUGAAGGUGACUUCUAGGGCAUCCUCCUGGCAUUGCUUCUGGAAUACAGUGACUUAGACUUCUUCUGAAGAACAUCUCUAUGCUGUUCAUCAUAUCGCCAGCACCUGGCCCUGUGCCUGUGCAUAGCAAAUGCUCAAUAAGUAUUGUUGAAUGAAUGUAUUAAAUUGAGAAGAAAUUCAGAAACUAGUCCCAAACGAACUUAGUUGCUCAGAUUUUCAGUUAGUGGUUUUCCCCACCUUGCUCUCUUAAUCUAGACAAUUUUACUGCCUCCAAAUUGAAGGUAGCUAUUAUUUGUCAUCUAAUUUAACAAAUGUUAGCGUCUGUUCUGUGCCUAUCUAUGGGGUACCCAAAAUUAAACCUGAUCUCAUACAGUUUCAGUCCCCAUACAGUUGGUUCAUAAUUCUCAGUGCUCCCAUGGUCCUUUGAACAUACUUCUUACAACAUUGCCCAAAUACUACUGGAGAUAUCUGCCUAUUUCUCUCCCCAGAAAGACCCUGAAAUUCUGAAGAACCUAGUCUUAUCUUGGUAUUCCUAUGCUGAACUUGAAGCAGUAGGUUCUCAAGAAAAUCCCUACUGAUACUUGACUAACAUAUACACAAAUAACCAUUCCCUAGUAACAUGUAUUUGAAUAGAAAUAUAUUUUGUAUUUGAAUAGAAAGAAACAUAUGCUUUUCUAAGUAUAUUCCUAAUUUAAAGGGAUACUAAGAAACAAGAUUGGUUUUUGUGUCUAUUAAACAUCUUCCAAGGUGUCUACUUAGUUAUUAAACCUGUCCUUUUUCUGACAAUUCCCCUACCCCUGUCCUGGCCAGUGGGUCCCUAGCAGACAUCCUGGGGGCCAGAGCUUCCUUUGCUGAUUGGUCUAGGGGUGGACACCUGAUCGCAAAUAGACCAGUUUCAUUUUCUCUUGAGAAAUUGGGGUUGAGGACACUAGAGAGUCUGGACUGGUUGCUUGAGCCAGGAACAUAUAAACUUAGGAGCCGGUGGGUAACCAUGUACCCAGAGAGACAGAGAAAGCAGUCUUCAAAGAGAAAGAAAUGAAGGCACAAUGUUCAGAGAUGAGGGAGACAUACAAAAUGGAUGCCUGGUUUUUGCCAUGUUUAUUCCCUGCCUGCUACUCUUUCUGAGGCCAGAUUAUUCAACUUUUCCAUGGGUUCCAUGGGAGAUAACUCACUUUCUUAUCAUCUCCAUUUGAUCUUGAGUGAGUUUGAAAUGGGUAUCUGCUUUGACAACUAAAAGAAGUCAUAUUAAUAUACUGUGUGACUUACAGAAGGAAUUCUCAUUACUUUUGAAGUCUCAUUACCUUAUAAUCACAUCUACAUAUCCCAGAAUAUAUGUCAAUCAGGAAUUACUUAGAUGGGGAAUUCCUGAUAAAGUAAGAUGCAGUGGAGGGUAAGUGGCUUCUUUGCUUUUCAAAUUUCUUAAUAGUCUAAGUCACAAAAACAGAAAGCAAAUAAAUGGAGGCUUAUUUACAGAGGGGAUUGGACAUGUCAGACCUUUUUUGGAACUACAAAAUUGGAUUUAAAAGAUUUUGAAGAACCAACACAUUUGGCAGUUUCCCAAACCAUCUAUUUUUGAAGAUUCUGCUUUCCAGAACUGUAUUAAGAAUGGCCCUUGUCAUGGGCUUUAGCUGUGUUUCCGACUAGCCAAAACUAAAAACUGAAAGAGACUAAAUAAGUAUGUGUGCAUGUAGAGCAGCCCAGGCCCUGCAAGUGGACUGACCAUAAACAAUGAUGGUCAAAUCUAUGAAAAUAAGAUAAAGAUCUCGCUCUUCAGAAAUAGUGCUAGAUGUGUUCAGUGCUUUGUAUACCACACUCUUUCAGCCCUGGUAUGCCACACCGUGAAUUUAGUGUUCACUUAAAAUAAUCAUUUUGAAAACAUGCGUGGAAAAUACAGAGGAACUGUGAACUGCUAAAAUCAUUAUCUGGUUCAGGAAAGUUUCAGAGGAAAAUCUUGGGGCUUUUUCCUAGAAUGUUAUGAAAAUACUAAGUUAUACUGAUUGCUGCCAACAUAUUUUCUAACUGUUCUAGGAAAAGAAAAAACAACAGUUUCCAGCUCUUACUCUUGGUUGACACUGGACCUUGGAGAUGCUUGCAGGCCUGGAAGAAACGCUGGUUUAUCCUACGGAGUGGCCGGAUGAGCGGUGACCCAGAUGUUCUGGAAUACUACAAGAACGAUCACUCCAAGAAGCCUCUGCGGAUCAUCAACCUGAACUUCUGUGAGCAGGUGGAUGCAGGCCUGACCUUUAACAAGAAGGAGCUGCAGGAUAGUUUUGUGUUUGACGUCAAGACCAGUGAGCGCACCUUUUACCUAGUGGCUGAGACAGAAGAGGACAUGAAUAAGUGGGUCCAGAGCAUCUGCCAGAUCUGUGGCUUCAAUCAGGCUGAGGAGAGCACAGAGCUAUUUCUCCUUUUUACAGACACCCUGAGAAACAUUUCCUCAGCUGGUCAUGGCCCCCGCUCUUCUCCAGCUGAGCUCAGCAGCUCUAGCCAGCACCUUCUCCGAGAGCGCAAGUCCUCAGCCCCAUCACACUCCAGCCAGCCAACUCUGUUCACGUUUGAACCCCCUGUGUCAAACCACAUGCAGCCCGCCUUGUCCACCAGUGCACCUCAGGAGUAUCUCUACUUGCACCAGUGCAUAAGCCGAAGAGCAGAAAAUGCAAGGAGUGCCAGCUUCUCUCAGGGCACCAGAGCCUCUUUUCUCAUGAGAAGUGACACGGCUGUACAAAAACUUGCCCAGGGCAAUGGACACUGUGUCAACGGGGUCAGUGGUCAAGUCCAUGGCUUCUAUAGCCUUCCCAAGCCGAGCCGGCACAAUACAGAAUUCAGAGACAGUACCUACGACCUCCCCCGCAGCCUGGCCUCCCAUGGCCACACCAAGGGCAGCCUCACAGGCUCCGAGACAGAUAAUGAGGAUGUGUACACCUUUAAGACACCCAGCAACACCCUGUGCCGGGAGUUUGGGGACCUCCUGGUAGACAAUAUGGAUGUUCCGGCCACCCCACUCUCAGCCUACCAGAUCCCUAGGACAUUCACUCUGGACAAAAACCAUAAUGCCAUGACAGUGGCCACUCCUGGGGACUCAGCCAUAGCUCCCCCACCCCGCCCCCCCAAGCCAAGUCAGGCAGAAACACCUCGAUGGGGUAGUCCUCAGCAGAGACCUCCAAUCAGUGAAAAUAGCAGAUCUGUCGCUGCCACCAUUCCCAGACGCAACACCCUCCCUGCAAUGGACAACAGCCGACUUCACCGAGCUUCUUCCUGUGAGACCUACGAGUACCCACAGCGUGGUGGAGAGAGUGCAGGCCGGUCUGCUGAAUCCAUGAGUGAUGGAGUCGGCUCUUUCCUGCCAGGGAAAAUGAUUGUGGGCCGAUCAGACAGCACCAAUUCUGAAGACAACUAUGUGCCCAUGAACCCAGGUUCUUCCACCCUGUUGGCCAUGGAACGAGCAGGUGAUAAUUCCCAGAGCGUCUACAUCCCAAUGAGCCCAGGGGCCCAUCACUUUGACUCACUUGGCUACCCAUCAACAACCCUUCCUAUGCACCGAGGCCCCAGCAGAGGAAGUGAGAUCCAGCCACCCCCUGUCAACCGCAACCUCAAACCUGAUCGGAAAGCAAAGCCAACACCACUUGACCUGAGAAACAACACUGUCAUCGAUGAACUCCCCUUCAAGUCACCUAUCACCAAGUCUUGGUCUAGGGCCAGCCACACCUUCAACUCCAGCUCCUCCCAGUACUGCCGCCCCAUCUCCACCCAGAGCAUCACCAGCACAGACUCAGGAGACAGCGAAGAGAACUAUGUCCCUAUGCAAAACCCAGUGUCUGCAUCUCCCGUUCCCAGUGGCACCAACAGUCCUGCCCCUAAGAAGAGCACCGGCAGCGUCGAUUAUCUGGCCCUGGACUUCCAGCCGAGCUCCCCAAGCCCCCACCGCAAGCCAUCUACUUCAUCUGUCACUUCUGAUGAGAAGGUGGACUAUGUUCAGGUGGACAAGGAGAAGACCCAGGCCCUGCAGAACACCAUGCAGGAGUGGACAGACGUGCGGCAGUCCUCGGAGCCUUCCAAGGGUGCCAAGCUGUGACGAGAGGGCCACCGCAGAGCCCAGGGAGGGGCCAGGAGGCAGCGUCUCCAGAGCUGGCCCUUCACAUCUCCCCUACCCCUCUCCCCUCCCCCUCUCCCCUCUCCCAUUGUUCCUUCCAUUCACUUCCUCUCUACUCUGCCAGUCUCAGCCUUCAAAGCACUUGACAUCAGGGACCCUGAACCCUUCCCCUGGGAGGUGAGGGCCUGAUCAAGGCACCUCCUCUGCCCACUCGGGGCCCAGCUGUGAUUUUUAUCAGUAAUGGCCAUGCCUCCACCCACCUUAGUGAGGAGCUAUUGCCAAAAAGCAUCCUUCAGCCUUUUCCUGUCCUUUAGACCUGACUAUCUACCAGAUGUUUGGAGGGAAGGGCUGGGGCUCUGAGCCAGAUUCCACACCUCACGUUCAGUCACAGCCCUCAGCUAUCUUCCCUCCGGCCACUGGGCUACCUCUCCUUCAGUCCCAGAAGACAAGUUUCACCAACCCAGGGAGUCAAGGACCAGCAGACCAAAGUGGAUAAUGGACUUUUUCAUUCCUGUUUUUCUUGGCAGGAGAGAAGCAAGGCCACUAAAAGAGGAGACGGUGGAGAAGGAGGCCCAGCAGUGGUCUUGAGGGGUAAAGGACUUAGAUGCCCAGAUGCAGAGGGAAAGCUGACAUCUGCAGGGACCCCCACUUUCAGGCUAAGGCCAUGGCAGGACAGCUGCUGUGGGGUGCACAGGCGGAGGAUGAAGGACAAAAGGAAGGGAAAACUGACGAUGGCCAACCUAGAGCAGCAAGGAGCAGCGCUUGGAGCUCAGGUGGUAGAGAUGACAAGGACACUGUGGGGUCUGGGUCCCCAGAACUCUGGAGCUACAGGCCACUCCAGGCCCAAGGGCAGUCCUCUUCCCCAACCCCCUCAAAGGCUCCCGCCAGCCUCACCUUGAAAGCAUCACACAGGGGAAGGCUUGGACCAAGCUGGGCGACCAAGCACGUGGGGCAGGAACACAUGGUAAAGGGGUGGGGAAUAUGGGAGGGAGUGUGGUGUGGAUGGGUGUGAUUCAGGGAAUGAGGGGAACCUGGGGACAGGCACAGGCUGGGGAGAGGCGCAGAGCAGGGCAGGGGACUCUGCAGUGGGGUGGGGCAGCGAGUUUCUAUGUAGUGAGCAGUGCAGUGGAAGUUGGGCGCAGAGGUAGCAGACAGAUGUGAAGCAGGGGUGAAGGCCAUGUAGCAAGUGGGGAAAUAUAUCCAAAGGGCCUGGGAGUGGGGGAGUGCCCAAGGCAAUGCUUGGGGGUACAGGGUGGAGCAGUAAGUGAAGGAGUGACACAUUGUGCAAGAGUGGUGUGCAUGGUGGUGUGACAUGAGCACCGUUCCUAGGAUGGAGGGACAGCAGGUCAGGCAGGACAAGGAGAAAGCAGGGCAGAAUGAUGCCUAGAGGACCACAUCAGACGUGGCUGACAGCUUGUGCCCAUGGGCUGUGGCGUAUGUCAGAUCGCAGGGUAGGAACGAGUCUGGCCUGGUGCCGGCCCUGGGUUUCCUCAUCUCAUCCGUCCUCUGUUGCUCUCUAGCAUUCCAGGAGCCAUGUUGGACUCUCCUCCCCGGGCUUGAAAGGCUAUCAGAUUAACAGGGAUGGGGCGUAGGGCAUCAUCCAAGGUUCCUUCUCUUAAGCCUAGGGUGGGGGAUCUGAAUUUUUUUAUGUUGAGAGUUCUUGACUAAAUUUUCAAGAGUUUCAGAAGCAACAGGACAGACUAGAUGUUUCAUUCUACCCUGGGAUGAACAGACGUUCUUCUUCCCAAAGAGUGACUUCCUGCCAUGUUCGAUGGGGGCAGCUACUCCCUUCUGCCCUUACUCCCCUUUCAGCUCCCAUGAGCAUGCAUACUUCACCAGACCAAUGGCCUAGCCAUUCUCUAAGUCCCAUCGUGGAAGAAGUUAUUUCCUCAAGAGUUGCACCUCUCCUCCUAGCAUUAGUUUAGAUCAACUCAAGGAGCAUUUAUUAAUGGCUGCUGUGUCCAGUCUCUGGGGUUAAGCACCAACCACACAAGAAUCAAUCAGACCUUGUCCCUGAACUUGAGAUAGUCACAAUCAGAAAAAGGACAAGGACACAAGACAGUGGUGAUGGCCAUCAGAGAGAGACUUUAAAUGCUGAUGGAGGGCAGAGGAAGUAAAGACUUAGGGAGGUUGGUGUCAGAGGCAGGAGUGGGGUCACAAUCAGGGAAGGUGGAUUCUAGGAAAAGGGGGUGCCUGAGGUAGGCCUUAGAAGGGGAUGAGUCAGAUUUUUACAGAGGAGGAGGGCAGGGCUUGGGUCCAGUGGAGGAAGAAGGAAGGAGAGACUUGGAAAGCCUUGUGUCUUGGGAACAAAAGGCCUUUGAGCAUAUGGGUCCAGCCACUCAGAAGUGCCGGGGCCAUGCCUUGGUGUUCCAACAAGUGAAUGGUAGCAGUGGCAGCGCCUACACUGGGCAGAGUUGGCAGGGUGCGGUUCACUCUGCCCAGCCCUGAAUGUGUGCCUUUAAGGCCCUCCGCAAGGGGCCCCAUACAACAGAGCUUUUCACUGGUGCCUUCCCUGUACCCACAGCAGCCACAAGUGGGCCCCAGACUAUUGCAGCCUCCCAUAAACAUGUGAGCAUGUUCUGAGUGUGCCAUGAUGUGAGUGGACCUUGGCUGGAAUCUUCAGAGCACGACUGAGGUGUUCAAAUCAAAUCUCCCAGGAGGCCUCCUUCCAGCUCCUGAUUCCGGUAACUACCAAAAUCCCUCGGGUGCAAGUGUAGGGGUAGAGAUGGAAGGAUGAGAGGCAAAAUUGGCCUUUUGAAAGCAAAGCUCUGGCUCACAAGCCCCAAACUACCAGCCGUGUCUAGCAUAUCCCUGCCCUCCACUCACUACCUCCCCCAACAAAGGAGUCAACUCAGUUGAAAAAACUGGUUCUUUGGCCUAUCCAUGGGUCAAAGUCCACCUCUCCUGGGGGCCUGGCGAGGACUGAGACCCUGGAAGUGGGGGGAUACCUUCCCACCCAGCGCUACUUCACACAAGUCCCCUGCCUGGGGCUCUCCAAGGAGCCUUCUUCACCCACUUCCAGCUCCACUUCUGCAAGGCUGAGUGAGAACAAUCAAAUAGGGAGAUGGUGUCUACUUAGGUCCUUGGUCUGCCUGUCUGUGGAAUGGGAGGUUGGAUUAGAUGCGCCGAGGUCCCAUCCACAGCUGGUGCUCAGCUGCUUGAAGAGGAGACUCCCUCUGUAACUUCUUUCUGGGGGAUCUGGAUGGUCAGGGGUGGGCAGCACCUAUCCCCAGUCCCCUCCUAGCUUGACUUUGGUAACUUCUACAUUGGAAACCAUUAAAGUAUGCCCCAUUCCUAGGACAAAAGCACAACCAUUCUGAAUUUACUAGAGCAUGGGCUCAGCUAAUCUCCACUCUGGCCCCUUCUGCCAUGUGACAUCUUGGCCCAGAACCCCCACCCCGUUUCCAGAGCUCUUCCUUCCCCAUCUGGGCCUUCAUAAAAUGCAGGGGAAGUAAGGCUGGCCUCAGGAGCUCUGAAGCCCUUCCAUAGGGGUCAUCUUUCUGGGACUUGCCCGAGUGCUCUUUGGGGCCUGGGACUACAAGGAGCUGCCUACUGAGGGGGGGGGGUCCCCCAGAGAUCCAGGCUAUCGUGUGAUUUCUGGUGGCAUGUGUUGUGUAUUUGUUGGCUACUUGUGUCUUGAAAUCUAGAAUUAUUUCGUGCAGAAUUGUCACUAUUUGUCAGGAAGAGAAAAUGGGCUAGUGGAAGCCCAGUCUUGAGUUCUUGUCUUGUUACCAUUUAAAAUUGACAUUUAAUUUUCAAAUCACUGUUGGUGCCUAAUCACUUAAGUUAUUAAUUUAUUCUGUUGUAUUCUUUUUUUUAAAAAAAAAUUGUAACAUAUUUAUCCGGUGGGUGGGGCAGGAGUGUGUUCAAGUGGGUCAUGUUUUUGCUGUGGUGACACAUGGUGACACAUGGUACAGGCCUGGAGCUUGCAGGUCCCUUUCUACUGUGGUGUUGGAGCAGGACAAUAAAGUCCACUAGAAAUGCACCCUG